UCUCCCUCCCGGCUCUGCGGCCGCCCCAGACCCCAGAGCCGGACUCCCUCCUCGAGGACCUGCCCGCUCCGGCCACCGAGGCCAUGAGGGCGGCCCGCGCGCUGCUGCCCCUGCUGCUGCAGGCCUUCUGGGCCACUGCGCAGGACGACCUGGCCACCAAGGCUGUCGCCUUCCAAGACUGCCCGGUGGACCUGUUCUUUGUGCUGGACACCUCCGAGAGCGUGGCCCUGCGGCUGAAGCCCUACGGGGCCCUGGUGGACAAGAUCAAGGACUUCACCAAGCGCUUCAUUGACCACCUGAGAGACAGGUACUACCGCUGCGACCGCAACCUGGUGUGGAACGCGGGAGCGCUGCAUUACAGCGACGAGGUGGAGAUCGUGCAGGGGCUGCUGCCCAUGCCGCGCGAGGCCGCCGCGCUCAAGGGGCGCGUGGACGCCAUCAAGUACUUCGGGAAGGGCACCUACACGGACUGCGCCAUCAAGAAGGGGCUGGAGCAGCUGCUGGUGGGCGCCGGCCGGGACUCACUGUGCCUGUUCCUUCUGCAGUGCUGCUCCUUCGAGUGCCAGCCUGCCAGAGGACCUCCAGGACCGCAGGGUGACCCUGGGUACGAGGGAGAACGGGGGAAGCCUGGUCUCCCCGGGGAGAAGGGAGAAGCUGGAGACCCGGGGGAGCCUGGAGCCGACGGGGAGCCUGGGCGGCCAGGGAACACGGGGCCCCCCGGAGACGAGGGCGAGCCAGGAGAGCCGGGCCCCCCCGGAGAGAAGGGCGAAGCUGGAGACGAGGGAAACCCGGGACCAGACGGGGCGCCCGGAGAGAGGGGCGGCCCUGGGGAAAGAGGACCCCGGGGGACCCCCGGCCUGCGUGGCCCCAGAGGAGACCCGGGCGAAGCCGGACCCCAAGGCGACCAGGGACGAGAGGGCCCCAUCGGCGUCCCCGGGGACCCGGGUGAGGCUGGACCCACAGGGCCUAAAGGGUACCGAGGUGAUGAGGGGCCACCGGGGUCCGAGGGUCCCAAAGGUGCCCCAGGACCCGCAGGACCCCCGGGCGACCCCGGGCUGAUGGGCGACAGGGGUGAAGACGGCCCCCCUGGAAACGGCACUGAAGGGUUCCCCGGCUUUCCUGGCUACCCCGGCAGCAGGGGCCCCCCCGGGAUAAACGUGAGUACAGGCCUCCUGCAGCACUCCGCACACACAGCUGUACACGCACACACAGAGUGCACACACUGCACAUGCACACUGCAUGUGCUGCACGCACACUGCACACAGACGCUGCGUACAGACCCUGUAAAUGCACACACUGCACACGGCCCCCCAGGACCCGUGGGACCACCGGGACCGGAUGAAUGUGAGAUCCUGGACAUCAUCAUGAAGAUGUGCUCGUGCUGUGAGUGCAAGUGUGGCCCCAUCGACAUCCUCUUUGUGCUGGACAGCUCCGAGAGCAUCGGGCUGCAGAACUUCGAGAUCGCCAAAGACUUCGUCAUCAAGGUCCUCGACCGCCUGAGCAGGGACGAGCUGGUCAAGUUUGAGCAGGGUGCGUCCAACGCGGGCGUGGUGCAGUACAGCCACAACCAGAUGCAGGAGCAUGUGGACCUCCGCAGCCCCGGCAUCAGGAACGCCCAGGACCUCAAAGAAGCCAUCAAGAAGCUGCAGUGGAUGGCCGGGGGCACCUUCACCGGCCAGGCCUUGCAGUACACCCGGGACCGGCUGCUGCCGCCCACCCAGAACCCCCGCAUCGCCCUGGUCAUCACUGACGGCCGCUCGGACACCCAGAGGGACAACACGCCCCUCAGCGUGCUCUGCGGCCCCAACAUCCAGGUGGUGUCCGUGGGCAUCAAGGACCUGUUCGGCUCCAGCGCCAGCUCUGACCAGCUCAACGUCAUCUCCUGCCAAGGCCUGGCCACUCCAGGUCUACAAGGCAUCUCGCUGGUGAAGGACAACUUUGCGGACCUGCUGGACGACAACUUUCUCAAGAACGUGACCACUCAGAUCUGCAGAGGUGGCGUGGGCAGCCACAACUUCGACACCACCAAGCAGUUCGCCAAGCGCCUGGCCCAGCGCUUCCUGACGGCCGGCCGCGCUGACCGCGCGCUCGCGGUGCGCGUGGCCGUCGCCCAGUACAGCGGCACUGGGCAGCAGCGGCCCGGCCGCGGAGCCCUGCAGCUGCUGCAGAACUACACGCUGCUGGCCAGCGCCGUGGACCGCCUGGACUUCCUCAACGACGCCACGGACGUGAGCGACGCCCUGGCCUUCGUGACCCGCUUCUACCGCGAGGCCUCCCCGGGGGCCCCCGCCAAGCGGCUGCUGCUCUUCUCCGACGGCCACUCGCAGGGCGCCACGGCGGCCUCCCUGCAGAAGGCCGUGCAGGAGGCCCAGCGGGCCGGCGUGGAGAUCUUCGUGGUGGCGGUGGGCAGCCAGGCCCACGAGCCCCACCUGCGUGUCCUGGUCACGGGCCAGGAGGCCGAGUACAACGUGGCCUACGCCGAGCGGCACCUGUUCCGCGUGCCCAGCUACCCGGCGCUGCUGCGGGGCGUCCUCUACCAGACCGUGUCCCGG